AAGAAACAAAUAAUUAACCACAUGUCCCAAUACUUGUAUCCAUAUUAUAUGUUCUUUUCUUAACUCUUUCACUCCAUUUGAGUACAUGAUCCUCGCCACCAUCAUAGCGAACUGCAUCGUCCUGGCCUUGGAGCAGCAUUUACCUGCGGGUGAUAUGACCCCGCUGUCACAGCGACUGGACGACACUGAGCCCUACUUCAUUGGCAUCUUCUGCUUCGAGGCUGGAAUUAAGAUCAUCGCUCUAGGCUUUGCUUUUCAUAAAGGCUCCUACCUCCGGAACGGCUGGAAUGUAAUGGAUUUCGUGGUGGUGUUGACUGGGAUUUUGACCACUGUGGGGGCUGACUUUGACUUGAGGACGCUCAGGGCAGUGCGGGUCUUGCGGCCGCUGAAGCUGGUGUCUGGAAUUCCUAGUCUUCAAGUGGUCCUCAAGUCCAUCAUGAAAGCCAUGGUGCCUCUGCUGCAGAUUGGCCUGCUGCUUUUCUUUGCCAUCCUCAUGUUUGCCAUCAUUGGCCUGGAUUUCUACAUGGGCAAGUUCCACCGAACCUGCUUCAGAAUCGACACAGGUGAGCAGGCGGCUGAAUUUCCGUGUGGGGAGGAAGCUCCAGCUCGGACCUGUGAAAACGGAACACGUUGUGAUAGUUACUGGAUAGGCCCCAACUUUGGCAUCACCAACUUCGACAACAUCCUCUUCGCCAUACUCACUGUCUUCCAGUGCAUCACCAUGGAGGGCUGGGUGGAAAUCCUUUACAAUGCCAACGAUGCCUCAGGGAACACCUGGAACUGGCUCUACUUCAUCCCCCUUAUCAUCAUCGGCUCCUUUUUCAUGCUCAACUUGGUUCUGGGAGUUCUGUCAGGGGAGUUCGCUAAAGAGCGUGAACGGGUGGAGAAGAGGCAGGAGUUUCUGAAGCUGCGCAGACAGCAGCAGAUCGAGAGAGAGCUCACAGGAUACCUCGAGUGGAUCUGUAAAGCAGAGGAGGUCAUGCUGGCGGAGGAGGAUAAGAACGCGGAGGAGAGGUCUCCUCUGGAUGGCGCCUGGUACAAGAGGAAGUGCAACAACCCAGGUGGGAAUAUUUUUGAAGUGUUGAAAAGAUCCAAAAAGAGCAAAAAUGACCUCAUCAAUGCAGAAGAAGGAGAAGACCACUUCACCGACAUCUCAUCAGUCGCACCGCAGGGAUCUCCGUUCGCCCGGGCCAGUGUGAAGAGCAGCAAGCUGGAGAGCUCCUCCUACUUCCGGAGGAAAGAGAAGAGGAUCCGGUUCUUCAUCCGACGCAUGGUGAAGUCUCAGGGCUUCUACUGGACCGUGCUGUGCCUGGUGGGCCUGAACACACUGUGUGUGGCUAUAGUGCAUUACGAGCAGCCCGAGUGGCUCACCUACGCUCUGUAUUUGGCAGAGUUUGUGUUUCUGGGCUUGUUCUUGACUGAGAUGAGUCUGAAGAUGUAUGGCCUCGGUCCCAGAAACUACUUCCACUCCUCCUUCAACUGCUUCGACUUUGGGGUGAUUAUAGGAAGCAUUUUCGAGGUGAUUUGGGCUGCAGUAAAACCCGGGGCCUCUUUUGGCAUCAGUGUGUUGCGAGCUCUGCGGCUGCUCAGGAUCUUCAAGGUUACAAAGUAUUGGAACUCUUUACGAAACCUGGUGGUCUCUCUGCUGAACUCUAUGAAGUCCAUCAUCAGCCUGCUCUUCCUCCUCUUCCUCUUCAUCGUUGUGUUUGCUCUCUUGGGGAUGCAACUGUUUGGGGGCCAGUUUAAUUUUGAAGAGGAAACUCCAACAACUAACUUCGACACAUUUCCAGCUGCCAUCCUGACAGUGUUCCAGAUUUUGACAGGAGAGGACUGGAAUGCAGUGAUGUAUCAUGGUAUUGAAUCUCAGGGAGGAGUGAAGCGUGGGAUGUUCUCUUCUGUCUACUUCAUCGUCCUCACUCUGUUCGGAAACUAUACUCUCCUGAACGUCUUCUUGGCCAUUGCUGUUGACAACCUCGCCAAUGCACAGGAACUCACUAAGGAUGAGGAGGAGCAAGAGGAGGCCAUCAGUAAAAAGUUGGCCCUGCAGAAAGCGAAGGAGGUGAAGGAGGUCAGCCCCAUGUCGGCCACUAACAUCUCCCUCACGGCUUUUAUAAGGCCGAAUGGAGGUGCACUGUCGCACAGCUCCUCUCACUCCGGCUGUGAUUCACCUAACGAGCAGCGGCGCUCUCUGAAGAUGAUGUCGGUUUGGGAGCAGCGUACCUCUCAGAUCCGUAAGCACAUGAGGGCGAGCAACGAGGCGCUGUACUCCGAGGAGCUCAGCCCCCGUCUGGCCUCCAGCCACCAGCACCUCCGCCCCGACCUCACCACCCACCUGGACCGGCCGCUGGUGGUGGAGCCUCGCUGCUGGGACGAGGCCAGGAAUGUGCCGCCCCAGGACCCGCCCCCCGACCCUCUCACAACGGACCCUGCGCAGUCGCAUCCGCCCCGGAAGCACCACCGGCGACGGGAGCGGGCAUCCGACGACACGCAGGAGAACGGAGAGACCACCGGGAACUCGCGGGACGGCCGCCGGCACGUCCACCACAGUCGCAGCAACAGAGAUCAUGAGGGGACGCGGUGCAAAGAGGGCAAAGGGGAGCGCAGCCGCAGUCGGGAGGGGGCGCGACGGCACCACCAUCAGCAGGGCUCGGCGGAGGACGGCAGGGGCGGAGAGAGGGAGCACAGGCACCACCACUCGCACAGGACCAGCCGGGAGGGGAACGGCGUCCUGAGCAGCGGCGGCGGGAGGAGCGAGAGACGCUCCCACCACAGAGACGGGUCGCGCUCGGGGACAUGGGACGGAGAGAGACGAGGGGAGGACGGGACAAACGGAGGCAGGAGGAAACACCGGCAGAGAACCUGCAAGGCCCAGUCCACGCUGGACGGAGAGGAACAGAUGGAGAACGGAGAGAGGGAGGAGGGAAAGUCUCCAGUACACAGGCACACAGAAGUGGGCGGAGACUCUCUCGCAGCCACUCCUCAGCAGCCUAUGAUGGGGAGCAGGUGGGGUCUGGAGAAACCUGAGGAUUCAGACAACCAACGAAACGUCAGUCGCACAGGGGGGCUCGGAGUCCACAUACCGGUUACCAUCACCUCUCCACCAGGGGAGACCACGCUCAUACCCAUGAACAGUAUUGAAAGUGAGACCGUGCCCAUGACCGAGAAGAACCUGGACGAGGUGAACCAGAGCUGCCCUCGCCCCAUCCUGCCUUACAGCUCCAUGUUCAUCUUCAGCCAGUCCAACCCGGUAAGACGUCUGUGCCACUACAUAGUCAGUCUGCGCUAUUUUGAGAUGUGUAUCCUGGUGGUUAUAGCUAUGAGCAGCAUUGCUCUGGCUGCAGAAGAUCCGGUCCAGGCCAACGCCCCGCGCAACAACGUGCUGAAGUAUUUGGACUAUGUCUUCACUGGUGUUUUCACGUUUGAGAUGGUGAUUAAGAUGGUGGAUCUGGGCUUGCUGUUGCAUCCUGGCUCUUACUUCAGGGAUCUGUGGAACAUUCUGGACUUCAUUGUGGUCAGUGGAGCUCUGGUGGCGUUCGCUUUCUCAGGGACCAAAGGGAAGGACAUCAGCACCAUCAAAUCUCUCAGGGUGUUGCGAGUCCUGCGGCCACUGAAGACCAUCAAACGCUUACCAAAGCUGAAGGCUGUCUUUGACUGUGUGGUGAACUCCCUGAAGAACGUGUUGAACAUCCUCAUCGUCUACAUCCUCUUCAUGUUCAUCUUCGCCGUCAUCGCCGUGCAGCUCUUCAAGGGCAAGUUCUUCUACUGCACAGACGAGUCUAAAGGACUGCAGAAAGACUGCAGGGGGCAGUUUCUGGACUAUGAUAGAGAUGAGGUUUCAGCUCAGCCCAGAGUGUGGAAGAAGUACGAAUUCCACUACGAUAACGUGCUGUGGGCCUUCCUCACACUCUUCACCGUUUCCACAGGGGAAGGCUGGCCAACUGUUUUGAAGCACUCUGUCGAUGCUACCUUUGAAGACCAGGGUCCCAGUCCAGGCUACCGUAUUGAGAUGUCCAUUUUCUACGUGGUUUACUUUGUCGUCUUCCCCUUCUUCUUCGUGAACAUCUUCGUGGCCUUGAUUAUCAUCACGUUCCAGGAGCAGGGGGAUAAGGCUUUGUCUGAGUGCAGUCUGGAGAAGAAUGAGAGAGCCUGUAUUGACUUUGCCAUCAACGCCAAGCCGCUGACCCGCUACAUGCCUCAGAACCAGCAGUCCUUCCAAUACAGGAUGUGGAAGUUCGUGGUGUCGCCGCCAUUUGAGUACUCCAUCAUGAUCAUGAUCGCCCUCAACACUGUGGUCCUCAUGAUGAAGUUCCACGGUGCCCCAGACUUCUAUGAGGCGAUGCUGAAGUACCUCAACAUUGUCUUCACAGCGCUCUUCUCACUGGAGUGCGUGCUCAAAAUCAUUGCUUUCGGCCCUUUGAAUUACCUGAAGGACGCUUGGAACGUGUUCGACUUUGUGACGGUGCUGGGGAGCAUUACCGAUAUUCUGGUCACCGAGAUUAACGACCGUCUGUUGAACCUGAGCUUCCUGAGGCUCUUCCGGGCGGCGCGUCUCAUCAAGCUCCUCCGGCAGGGCUACACCAUCCGCAUCCUGCUCUGGACCUUCGUCCAGUCCUUCAAGGCUCUGCCUUAUGUUUGCCUUCUAAUCGCUAUGCUGUUCUUCAUUUACGCCAUCAUAGGAAUGCAGGUGUUUGGAAACAUUGAUCUGAAUGAGGACACUGCCAUCAACCAUCACAACAACUUUCGCACCUUCCUUCAAGCUCUAAUGCUGCUCUUCAGGAGUGCUACAGGGGAAGCCUGGCACGAGAUCAUGCUGUCCUGCCUCAGUCACCGAGCGUGCGACGAGCGCUCCGGCACCCACGGCAAGGAGUGCGGCAGCGACUUCGCCUACUUCUACUUCGUCUCCUUCAUCUUCCUCUGCUCCUUUCUGAUGCUUAACCUCUUUGUAGCCGUAAUCAUGGACAAUUUCGAAUACCUGACAAGGGACUCCUCCAUCCUGGGCCCUCACCACCUGGACGAGUUCAUCCGAGUGUGGGCUGAGUACGACCCGGCCGCUUGCGGACGGAUUUCCUAUAAGGAUAUGUACAAUUUGUUGCGCAUUAUCUCGCCCCCUCUUGGCUUAGGGAAGAACUGCCCUAAUAGGGUAGCCUACAAGCGUCUGGUGAAGAUGAACAUGCCUAUCGCUGAGGACAACUCGGUGCACUUCACGUCUACGCUCAUGGCCUUGAUCCGCACUGCCCUGGAGAUCAAGCUGGCUUCAGGAAUGGUGGCGCAGCGUCUGUGUGACGCAGAGCUGAAGAAGGAGCUGGCCACCGUCUGGCCAAACCUCUCCCAGAAGACCAUGGACCUGCUGGUGACUCCACACAAGCCCAAUGAGCUCACGGUUGGGAAGGUGUACGCUGCUCUCAUGAUCUUUGACUACUACAAGCAGAACAGAGCUAAGAGACUGCAGAUGCAGCAGCAGCAGUCCAAAGAGCAGACAGGCCCUGGAUCACAGCCGAAUAAAGUGGGAGCUCUCCUGGAGCCCAUCCUUCCUCUGUCUCCCAUGCAGGACAAAACCAAGAACAGUGUGGUGGACUGCCCCUCAGACCCCCAGCCCCACAGACCCGGCUCCACCACGCUCAACAACGGACGCACACUUAAAUCCAGUCAUGAUGGCGCCAUCAAAGGUUCCUCAUCCUGGGUGUCGGAGAAAACCAAAGAGAUCCACAAGUCUGCCAAGAGGCGACCCAUCUCCAGAGGCCAGUCUGAAGACAUCUCCAACACAAACACUGCCCAGGUGUCAGUAGAGAUGAGGAAUAUGGAGAACAGUGCCAACACUGUAGCACCUGUUGGUUUAGAUGGCCAAGGGCGUGCAGUUUCGAUGCCCAAACUCAAUGCAGAGAUGCAGAGAAGUCAUUCCCGCCACUCUCCAGGAACUUUACUAGCACCAAUUCCUGAUUCUCCUAUGAGGCGCUCAGCUUCCACGUUUGCGCCUCAGCGCCCUCCAGAGGUAAACCUAAACGAGUACACCCUGGAGAAGCCUGUUCAGGAACGAACACACCACCAUCACCAUCACCACCGCUGCCACCACCGCAGAGACCGAGACAAGAAGCAGAGGUCACUGGACAGGUCACCCAGUCGCCAGCCUCUGAACAGUGGAGGCACCACAGCUGACCUUGGGGGUGGUACCGCCUCGACACGAGAGAGGGGGCACGAUCGAGGCCGUUCCCAUGAGAGGAAGCACCAUUCGUCCACCGCCGAGAAGCAGCGCUACUACUCAUGUGACCGCUAUGGCAGCCGGGAGCACUGCCCUGCCAAACCUGCCCCAGCCAGCUGUGCCACCUCCCCUGGAGAGGCUCAGGAGACCGCCUUCAGCAAGCAGGGCAGUGGUUGGGUUAAAGGGAGCCCGGUGUUGUUGAGCUCGGGGGCGAGCACGCCCAGCCGUGGGCGCAGGCAGCUGCCCCAGACGCCCCUGACCCCGCGCCCCGCGGUGGCCUACAAGACCGCCAACUCCUCCCCUGUGCCCUUCACGGGCUCCCAGGCCACCCUGACCGCCCCCCCGACCCCCGGCAGGAUGAGCCGCGGGCUGUCCGAGCACAACGCCCUGCUGCAGUGCGGCUCCAGCCCCAUCUCUCCCUGUCCCGUCACCCGGAUCUGCUCUGAACCCUUCCUGGGCCCGCCCCCGCCGGACCACCGCUACAACUUCCGGCCCCAGCUCUUCCAGGAGCCCGCGGGCCAAAUCCCCUGGACCACAGGGCAGCAGAUAGUGAUCCUCCCUCCUCCCCCAUCCCAACAACAACAGCAACAACAGCAGCAGCAGCAGCAGCCGCCCCACGGGCUGCCUAAUGGGUACCACUACACGCUGGGCGUCCCCAGCAGCGACAGGGCCCCGCCCUACUACCCAGAAGCAGAGGAAGACGAAUGGUGCUAGUAUGGCUUUAACACACAAACACACGUAAACACACACAUAUAUACACACACACACACAGAUCCUGUGCUGAUGAUUUUGUGUUUUUUGUGUCAAAUUUCGAUGAGUUUUAUCAUCUUUUGUUUCAUGGACGAUGUACGGUAUGCUCUAUUAUUUAUAUGUGGACAUAUUAAUGUUCUUUUUGCACUUUCGCAAAAAGACGAAUGUCGAGAUGUCACAUGUCACGGUUACACAUACACUACAUACAUAAAGAGAGAGGACCAGACUGUGUUUAGAUGUCAAAUAAAUAAAUAUUGAAAAAAUAGUUGCACCUUAAAGGAAGUGUCAGAUUGAAGUGCUAUAUACAGCUCUGGAAAAAAAAAAAGAUCAUAAAAAAUAAAAUCAGUUUCUCUGAUUUUGCUAUUUAUAGGUUUAUGUUUAAGUAAAAUGAACAGUGUUGUUUUAUUCUAUGAACUACAGACAACAUUUCUCCCAAAUUUCAAAUAAAAAUAUUGUCAUUUAGAGCAUUUAUUUGCAGAAAAUGAGAAAU